UUGUUUUCAAUUGUUUUGCGCUAAUUAAUAUCCGUCUUCUUGUUGCUGUCACAGAUCUGGGCCGAGCAGAUCACUUGGAAACCUUAGAAUACUACGGCAGUGAAAGGCAUCUUUUGCUGGUACGAUGUUGAACUUUCGUGAAGAAAGUGUGAGCCACAGAGCAUUGGCCGACGUAAUUUCAUGUCACGCUAGAGCUAUGGAGAAGGCCCAGCCGUCGACAGCCGUCGAGAUGAUCCAUUGGAGAAAUGAUGGUAUCAGCAGCGGACCUACCAGUCCAACAAGGCGGAUUAUGCAAAACCAGGAUUGUGUCCUUGGAUGAAGCCAAGUUUUACCAGCAAAGAAACCAGCACUAGGAAUGACGACGUGUGCGUCGCCGAUUGCCAAAGAUGUCCGUAUGACUGCUUGCACGGCUUCUCUGAGUUCAGAAGAUAUAAGGCGUGCUUUUGGGAUUGGAGAUGAACUUUUCUUACCAAAGAUGCAGAGAAGCACGUCAAGCCGGCUCAGCGAUGCGUUCUCUAGCACCGGCUCGUUCCACAGGGAUUUGGAUGAUGGGGAGUUGCUGAUAUGGGCUGCUCUCGAGAGGCUGCCUACAGUUGAGCGUUCAAGGAAGGGGAUUUUGCUCAGUGACAAUGCAGCAAAGAAUGGCUGUGCUGCUGAUACUCAGGCUGAAGUUGACGUUUCGAAGCUGGAUGUGCAAGACAGGCGGAGGAUUUUGUCCAGGCUUAUUCCGACUGCCGAAGAGGAUAACGAGCGUCUACUGUUGAGACUUCGCGAUCGCAUCAACAGGGUCCGCAUUGAUCUUCCCAAGAUCGAGGUGAGGUUUGAGCACUUAAAUGUGCAAGCGAAGGUCCACGUGGGAAGCAGGGCUCUUCCAACGCCUAUUAACUUCAUCAACAACUCGGCCGAGAGUCUGCUCAGCGCGCUGCACCUGCCUUCCUCUAACAAGAGGACUCUCACAAUACUACGAGAUACCAGCGGGAUCAUCAAACCUUCCAGAUUGACGCUACUCCUUGGACCACCCGGAUCUGGAAAGACGACGCUUUUAUUGGCUCUGGCAGGAAAACUGAACAAGGAUUUACAAGUCACCGGGAAUGUCACAUACAAUGGACAUCAAAUGGACGAGUUUGUUCCGCAAAGGACUGCUGCGUACAUCAGUCAAAGCGAUCUACACAGCGGGCAGAUGACUGUCAGGGAAACUCUUGAUUUCUCCGCUUGCUGCCAAGGGGUUGGUAGCAAAUACGAAAUGCUUUCUGAACUUCUGAGGAGGGAAAAGGCGCUUGGCAUAAAACCGGAUGCGGACAUUGACGUUUUCAUGAAAGCAACUUCGUUGCAGGGUCAGCAGACGAACCUUGUGACUGAUUACGUGAUGAAGAUACUUGACCUUGAAAAUUGCUCUGAUGUCAUUGUUGGAGACGAGAUGCAUCGAGGAAUCUCCGGCGGUCAGAAGAAAAGGGUGACAACAGGUGAAAUGUUGGUUGGCCCUGCGAAAGCGUUGUUUAUGGAUGAAAUUUCCACGGGCCUGGAUAGUUCCACGGCGUUUCAAGUUGUUCAGUGUUUGAGACAGUUCGUGCAUGUGAUGGAUGCCACUCUACUGAUCUCUCUGCUUCAGCCUGCACCCGAAACAUUUGGCCUGUUUGACGACGUUAUAUUGUUAUCAGAGGGACGGAUCGUUUAUCAUGGACCUCGUGAACUGGUUUUAGAGUUUUUUGAAUCGCAAGGCUUCAAGUGUCCUGAGAGAAAAGGUGUUGCUGACUUCCUUCAAGAGGUAAACCAGUUUCACAUCAAACGGCUUGAUUUUAAUGUUGUUGAUACGCAGGUAACAUCGAGGAAAGAUCAAGCUCAAUAUUGGACUGGUACAAGAGCUUACAGCUACGUUUCAGUUGACGACUUUCAGAGGGCUUUUGAGGGCUUUUCGGCUGGCCAGAAGCUUGCUGAAGAACUUGAGAAACCAUUCGACAAAGCGAGCAGUCAUCCUGCCGCUCUUGUGACACAAAGAUAUGCCCUGAGCAGCUGGGGAUUAUUUCGGGCUUGUCUUGCAAAAGAAGUGCUGCUCAUAAGGCGGAACGCCUUCGUUUAUGUUUUCGCAGUGUUCCAGAUUUUAAUUACUGCUGCUAUCGCCAUGACCGUAUUUAUAAGAACUGAAAUGAAGCACCAAACCGUAGACGAUGGAGUUGUCUUCCUUGGAGCUAUGUUUUUUGCCUUGCUGACGGGCAUGUUUAACGGGUUUGCUGACUUAGCCAUGACCAUCUUCAGGCUUCCAGUUUUCUACAAGCAAAGGGAUUCGUUGUUCUAUCCUGCAUGGGCGUAUGCUUGGCCCAUGAUUAUUACCAGACUUCCGAUUUCAUUAAUUGAAGCGGCAGCUUGGGUGAUACUUACGUACUGGGUGAUAGGAUUUGCACCGCAAUGGAGCAGAUUUUUUGGACAAGUGUUAAUAUUUUUUGUUGUCAAUCAAAUGGCUCAAGGUCUUUUUAGAUUGAUUGCUGCUUUGGGACGGACGAUGGUUAUAGCAAAUACCUUCGGGGCUUUUGCUAUACUCGUCAUUAUUUGUCUGGGGGGAUUCGUUAUAAGCAGAGAGGACAUACAUCCGUGGUGGAUAUGGGGAUACUGGACUUCUCCUCUAAUGUAUGGGCAAAAUGCGAUUGCGGUGAACGAGUUUCUUGCACCCAGAUGGCAAAAGGUACCAACUUUAAGCGCUAGAAAAUUAUGGCAAACUGAUCGACUGAUAAGUUUGUUUCAGCCAUCGAACUUUUCCAGCACAGUUGGAGAAGCUAUACUAUUAACACGUGGACUAUUUCCAAAGUGGUACUGGUACUGGAUCGGUGUCGGAGCAGUCACUGGAUUUGCCACUCUGUUCAAUGUUGGAUUUAUUCUGGCAAUGACUUACCUGAACCCUAUUGGCAAGUCACAAGCCAUUGUUCCUAAGGACAUGUUAAAUGAACGAUCAUCAGACGCUCCACGCAUAUAUUUACAAAAAGUGGAUUCUUCAAAACCUGAUAGUCUACGUGAUAUCGAAGAAGGUAUUGAAUUGCAAUCACGAGAAAGUGGCAGGCUCAAAACUUAUUUGAAGGGAAUGGUGUUACCAUUUCAACCUUUAUCGCUAGCGUUUCAUCAUAUCAGCUAUUUUGUUGAUAUGCCUCCUGAGAUGAAACAUCAAGGCAACAAACUACAGCUUCUUCAAGACAUUAGUGGUGUUUUCCGGCCUGCAAUUCUCACAGCCCUUCUUGGCGUAAGUGGCGCAGGAAAGACAACUCUAAUGGACGUUUUGGCCGGUAGGAAAACCGGUGGAUACAUUGAAGGGGAAAUUAUAGUAGCGGGUCGCCCAAAAAAGCAGGAAACAUUUGCUCGGGUCUCAGGAUACUGCGAACAGAAUGAUAUCCAUUCUCCAAAUUUGACUGUGGAGGAAUCCUUGAUCUUUUCAGCGUGGAUGCGUUUGUCGGAAAAGGUUGACAGAUCCACUCGAGCGGUAAGUUGCAGUUCUUGCGCUUUGAAGUACUCAACUACAUACACUGUACAGAUGUUUGUUGAAGAAGUUCUGGAGCUUGUCGAGCUUGCAUCUCUAAGAGGUGCUUUAGUUGGAGUGCCCGGAGUUACUGGGCUAUCCGUUGAGCAAAGGAAGCGCUUGACUGUUGCUGUGGAACUGGUUGCUAAUCCUUCGAUAAUUUUCAUGGACGAGCCUACGUCAGGCUUAGAUGCACGAGCUGCUGCAAUUGUCAUGCGGACAGUUCGAAACACCGUUAACACAGGACGAACCGUAGUUUGCACUAUACAUCAGCCCAGCAUAGAUAUAUUCGAAGCCUUUGACGAGCUCUUCUUGAUGAAACGAGGUGGACAACUGAUUUAUGCAGGUCCCCUUGGUAAAUUUUCUGCUGAAGCCAUCCAUUACUUUGAGGGUGUUCCUGGCGUACCAAAAAUCAAAGAUGGUCACAACCCUGCUACCUGGAUAUUGGAAGUAACGUCUCAAAUGUCUGAAGCUCGUCUCGAAAUCGAUUUUGCAGAAGUUUACAGGAAGGCAUCUCUAUGCGAACAAAAUGAGGCUCUUAUCAGGGAGACAAUUCAGAGCUCGAAAGACACUCCGGAGCUGCACUUCCCGACGAAAUAUCCUCAGGCAUUUAUCUCACAGUGUGCGAUUUGCCUUUGGAAGCAACAUCUAUCAUACUGGCGAAAUCCUCAGUACUGCGUGAUUCGUAUGUUUUUUACGGCCGUGUCAGCUGUAUUGUUUGGUGGAAUUUUCUGGGACCUUGGAACCCGAAGAAGCAAGCAGCAAGAUUUGUUUAACUUGAUUGGCGUUCUCUAUUCAGCAGUUCUUUUCCUGGGUGUAAACAACGCAUCCACGGUUCAACCGGUUGUGGCAACGGAGCGUACUGCAUAUUACCGCGAAAGAGCUGCCGGAAUGUAUUCUGCGCUUCCCUACGCUUUUGCUCAGGUGCUUGUGGAAGUUCCAUAUGCUCUGGUUCAAACUCUUCUUUAUGGCUCCAUUACGUACUCCAUGAUUGGAUUCGAAUGGAGCAUCGUCAAAGUGUCCUACUUUUUCUUCUUCACAUUCUCGGGACUUCUUUACUACACGCUCUAUGGGAUGAUGGCUGUUGCAUUGACUCCAAACGAGCAGAUCGCAGCAGUUGUCUCGGCAUUUUUCUUCGGAGUUUGGAACCUUUUCGCGGGCUUCAUCAUACCAUACAAGAGAAUUCCCGUGUGGUGGAGAUGGUACUACUGGGCAAAUCCGGUGGCAUGGACCGUCUACGGCCUGUUUACUUCGCAGCUUGGCGACGUCGACACACUCCUGGCAAUCCCAGACCAGCCUCCGAAGACGGUGAGGCAGUUCAUGAAGGAUCACUUCAACUUCGAGCUCUCAUUUGUAAGCCGAGCAGCCGCCAUGCAAGUCGUCUUCAUCGCUACCUUUGCUCUCGUCUUUGCGGUGUGCAUCAAGCAUUUGAACUUUCAGAGGCGCUGACCUUCUUUCGAAGCUGAGAGAACUAUUUGUGAUUCUUGGCACCAUUUUACAGUGCACUGCUUCGGAGAAGUGUUUGAAGAGCACACAAACUUGCUUCGUUACCAUUCAUAGUAUAGACAUGAGCCGAUUCUAGCAGAGACUCAGUCAUGGGAGCUGUAGGUUCAAUACUAAGGACAUGCUGCACUAAAACCAGGCCCUCCAUAGAAGAAGCUAUUCUUCCCGUUUCUAAAGACUAGUUGUAACAGGAAGAAGAUUCGUGCUUUUCUCCCAGAUUCCCGAGCGGCUCAAAGUACAAGGUCCCGCCAUUCACCGAAGCUUUGAAUAGAUUUCGAUGGAGGGCAGCGUUUCUGAAACCGGCUGCUGGAAACUCCCCACUCCCCAAUGGCGAUCAACCUGCGAUGUUGUUCCUAUAAUAUCACAAAGUUUGGAUCUUUC